AAAACCUGAGAUUUCUUUGGAAAUUUCUCUUUUUGUCAAGAUCCCAAUUCACAGUUUUUAGGGUUUCAGCUUUUUCUUUUUGGGGGUUUUGGAUUAGGGGUAUGAAUUAUCCAAUCUCUCCAUACAGAAGCUUAAAUUCCGUGAGCCUCCACCGAGAAUGACGAGUCACGGUGGCGGAGGAGUCCGCGGCGAGAGGAUUCAUACAGUACAGCCGGAGAGAGAUUUGGUGGCUAAUUGGGAAGUUGAUUUGUCGGAGAAGCUAGAAGAGUACCUCCUCAAAAUUUGUUCCGGUGAAAUCACUGGGAAUGAAGAAGAUGGUCAAAUUCCUGUGAAUUUCGCUGAAGCUGCUUUGCUGCUUCAGGGUUCGGUUCAGGUUUACAGCAAGAAAGUUGAGUACUUGUACAAUUUAGUGCUACGUACGUUGGAGUUUCUAUCGAAGCAAAGAGACCAGGAACAGUCCAAAGGUACAUCAAACGAGGCUGAGGCAAGUUCCUCACGUCAGGUUGAUGAAGAAGAAAAUGAUCUCUUCUGGAAUGUAGAUGACAUCCCAGUGGACACAAAGAAUAGAUUGGACAGUUUGGUUGGCGGAGAUACCUGCCCAAGUCAAUUUGUUAAGCCUCCGGCGAAUCUAGUUGUUCUUGAAGGUGACUGUUUAGAUACUAGUGGUGACGGAGGAGAAUUGGAAUCCUAUCUGUUGGCAACUACACAUCUCUACCGGGAUUUUAUUCUAUUAGAUCCAUGUGAUGCUGUAGCGGUGAAUGAAUUCUUAGGUGAUGACUAUGCUGGUAAAGGAAAUAACAAUGCUCACAGAGGUAGCUCAGUUCGCAAAAGUUUUCACUCAUCUGUGGGACGUUCUGGAGGUAGUGCUCGUAAGUCAUCUGUGGGAAAGAAUCAGGGCACCAAUGUCAACUUGUCCCCAAUAUGUGGGAAUGGUCCCAAUGUUCAAAAUUGUGACCAAGGGUCUCAGCCUCCUGUUUUUGGAGACAAUGAUCAUGGUUUUGACAUGGAUAAUGAAUAUGGAGGAACCAUGGAUUUUAGUGAUACAGAUGCUGAUGAAGAUGAUCCGUGGAAGCCAUUGAAUCCCUAUGAACCAGGGAAGUUGAAAGUGAAGCCUUUCAAAAAAGUAAAAAAUUUCAAAAAGAUUGGAUGGAGCAUUACCAAGGACCAUAUGACUUCCAUGUUCCCUCUCGCUAGACCAAACGGUCCCAUCAGUUCGGAGCUUAUUGGAAUUUGGAAGAUACACGGUUGUGCUAGUAAAGGCGAGCAAGAAUCACAAGACAUUCCCUAUUACGAGAAGCUUCGAGAGAUGCUUUUGAAUGGAGGAAACCAACCUUGUGGUGCUAACGGCAAUUACAAGGACAAUGAUAAGGAUAACCAUGAUGAAGCCAAUAAUGGCGACUUCCAUGAUUUUGGGGAGCAUGAUGGUGAUGAUGCAGAACAUCCCUUCAUGGAUGAAGAUGUUCUCAAUAUGAAUGAUGGUGGAGCUGCUGAGUUUCACAACUAUGAUGGAUUUGAAAACGGCGAAUCAAAUUGUCAAGAAAGCUUGGAAGAUCUCUGCCGUUCACACCUGGAUGCUCUUCUCGCUAACAUAGCUAAAAGUGAGAAGCAAACAGAUCUGGCUGCUCGGGUUUCAACGUGGAAACAGAAAAUUGAGCAAAACCUAGAAGAACAAGAGCUACACCCUCCUUUUGACAUUCAAGAAUAUGGAGAAAGGAUUAUUAACAAACUGACUGUUGAAGAGAGCGGAAACGUCGAGACCUUUACCGAUCUUAUGAAAGACCAAGAAAAGCACGAGGUAGCUCGGGCCUUCUCUGCGCUUCUCCAGUUGGUGAAUAAUGGAGACGUUGAUCUGGAAAAACCUGGGAACUCCACAAACGAACCAAUGUGUUAUACAGCGGUUAAACCUUUCAGUGUUCGGUUGCUCAAAGAUCAUAACAGAAAGAAUGAGAAAAGAGGGAUGCAUUUACCCCAGAAAAGAGCUAAGUCUCCAAUAACCAAAGGCAAAUCUCACGAGUCACCACCACCAAAGAAGCCAAACACAUGUGCUGUCUCAAGCCAGACUCGGAAAGUCUCACUAAAGAUCUCAAAGAUCAACAGUGUCGGCGCGAGAUGCACACCAAACAGUAAGAAGAGACGGAAGGGUCGAUCUGAAGAUGUAGCUGAGGUAACUGAAGUUUCUUCAAUCGAAAAAUCUUUGGGGAAAUUGUGACUACUCAAAUUAGAUUGUGUAGUUAGGUCAGACAGUUAUGAAACUCUGUAACUGUCAUUUGUGUAAGUUAUAAUUAAGGCAUUGCCAGAAGAAGUAGUAUAUGUUGUAAUAACAAUGAAAAUUCCACUUUUAG